AUGAAGGAAGUGUCAUUUUCCAAAACAAUAGAAUCCUCGCAAGACUACGUAGCCAUGGCGGACCCCGGUGAUGGUGAAAUGGCCGCUGUGCCGGUGGACCGACCUCAACCCACCCGAAGAGCACCAAAGCGUAUGCUCUCCGACAUUCCUGAGCCAAAGACCAGGUCAGGCUAUGGUGGAGCUAUCAGUAAUCUCAUCAAUAGUAUCGUGGGGGCAGGCAUCAUCGGCAUUCCGUAUGCAUUUCGAGAAGCCGGUUUGAUAGUUGGGCUCUUCCUCCUUGUGUUGGUUUCGUACUUGACAGACAAAAGUCUCCGAAUCAUUAUUGAGGCAGCCAGGUACCAUCCGAAACUGAAAAUGGUUGGCGUGAAAACAUACGAAGAUUUGAUGCAGAUCCCGUAUGGGUACUACGGGUCUUUGUUUGUCCAAGUCAACAUGUUCAUCUUGGCGUAUGGUGCCAUGGUAGCCUACAUGUUGAUUAUCAAAGACACCGUACCAACCAUGUUUGGCAUUGAGAACUCUGGAGGAAAAGCCGUUGCAGAACGAGAGCUCGUCAUGGUGAUAACAUCACUCCUGAUUAUGCUACCCUUGGCAUUGCUCAGAGAUAUGGCAUCUUUGUCUUUUACAUCCUUCUUGUCAGUCACAGCGGAUGUCAUCUUGGUGAUCUUUAUUGCACUUUAUUCGCCGAUUGGAACCUCGGUCAGUGAAGCAGGAGGGUUCUGGGAGGUCCUGGGAUCCAACACAAUCAAUUCACGCUUAUUCAUUGGUCUGGGAGUCAUUAGCACAGCCAUGGCUUGCCAACAUUCCGCUUUUAUUGUCAGCGGUUCCAUGCAGGAAAAAACGUCCACAGCCUGGUCUGUUGUCACCAAAUACUCCCUCUUGAUUGCCCUGGUGCUCUGCUCGCUGUUGGGUACCAUGGGAUUUUUGGGAUUCCUGGACGAGACGCAGGGAAACAUUCUCAACAACUUUGAUCCUGAUACGGUAGCUGCCAAUGGAGCAAGAGGACUUUUGGCCAUUACCAUGUUCUUUACAUACCCGAUGGAAUCUUUUGUGGCUCGGCAUGUCGUUGCCAAAAUCUUUUUCAACGGUGAUUCGGAGGGAGACAUUGUCGACGAACACGGAAACACCAUCCCGGCUGGAAAGUGGCUCUUUUGUAUCGGAAGAAGAGAGUUGAUUGUCAUUUUCUUGUACAUCUUGGCUCUCAUUCCAGCACUCUUUGUAGACGAUUUGGGGCCAGUUCUUUCCAUUACGGGGUCUUUGGGAGGAAGUUGUGUCGCUUACAUUGGACCCGGUCUGGUCUACCUUGGUGUUCAUGGACAAUCAUUCAUUGAGUAUACAGACAUUCUUCUGGGAAAAACACCACCGUCACAUACAGAUCCAACCAUUGAACUGCCAGUGGUAGGAGAUGCGAGUGCCACAAUCCAAACACACACCCAAGAUGCACCCUUCAACCCUGUAUCCAAGCCAUGGUGGUGGUGGCUACUAGGGUUCCCAAUCUGGCGGGCAAUCGCUUCGGCAGGAGCCUUGGGCAUGAGACAUAAUCUUGAAGCUCUAGAAGAGGAAAGUCCUGGUUGCACAACCGUGCCACCCAGUGGAGAAGUGAUUGGACCUUUGACUCGAGACUACUAUAUCGCCAUGUUCUUUAUCAUCUUUGGUGUCAUUGCUGUGCUUGUGGGCCUUGUCACAAACAUCUACGUGCAGAUUGAAAAUACUUUCUACACCCCUCAUUAG